AUGAAUCACCGAACUUGUUUGGAUUGGCUUUUCUUUUGGUGUGCACUUUGGCGUAUUGAUCCUAGUUUAAUUACGACAGAAAAAAUUGUUUUAAAAGGAGAAGUAAAAUAUUUGCCUGGGUGGGCAAUGGCAUAUAAUGCUUUUCUUCUUUUGGAUAGAAAUUUCCUUACGGAUAAGGCUCGUAUUGAAACUUUUGUCGAAUAUUAUGCUCGAAUGGAUCGAAAAUAUCAUGAUAAAUGUGCUAGAGCAACCGAGAGAAGCAAUAGUUUUGCAAAGAAAAAUGAUUUAGUCCAAUAUGAAUAUUUAUUGCAUCCUAGGACACUUGGAUUUGUUUUUUUGUUACAAAAAAUGCGAAAAGAAAAAUGUGUUGAUUAUAUUUAUGAUGUUACUGUUGGUUAUGGCGACCAAAUUGUUCAAUCAGAAACUGAUUUGGUUUUGCGCGGAAUGUGUCCAAAAGAUGUUCAUUAUUUAAUCCAACAAAUACCUGAUUCUUCUUUGCCAAAAGAUGAUGAACAAUUAGAGAAAUGGUUAAAAGAUAAGUGGGCGAAGAAAGAGAAAAUUCUUCAUAAUUUUUAUAAAGAGAAGGGAUUUCGACGUCAAAAUGGUUGGUCAUCUCAAUUUAAGAAUUUUCAGGUAAAUUUAUAUUUUUGA